UUCGGGAUAUACAAAGGAUGGUCGGCUGAUGCAGAUAUCCUUCACAAGCACAGCCGGAGCCCGAAGCGCAGGAGGUUAUUUACUGCACGACAGCAGUUGGACCGAAUCAUCCCGAGAGCGGCAAGAAAAAAAUAUCUUUCUAUACAAAUAAAUAAACAAAAUAAGACAGACAUGGUUCCAUGGUGGAAGAAAAGUAAGUCGGCUACCUCUGCUUCUGACGAACCAACGGACCAUGACCACGCCCCCGCUGCGCAGACAUCCACCAAAGUGCAGCCCCAGAAUGAAGCCCCACCCCCGGCUCUGGAACAUAUGGACCUGGAACAACUGGCCGCGGUUCUGCGUGUGGAUCCAGACGCCACUGCCAGCGCCGAAGACCUCAUCAAGCGGUCAGCGGUGAAGCACUUUCCCUCGCCGCCGCCAGGGGGCGACAGUGUGUUAACCUCGGAGCUGCUGAGGGGACACCUGAACGAUGUGAGGCGGGCCGUGCACAACGAGCUGCAGCGGCUGAUACCUCUGCGCGAGAAGAACAAGAACCUGGCCGGUCUGGUGCCGUCGUACCACCGCCUCGCGAUGGACCGCGUGCACACCCUAGUCGAGAGAAUUUCGGCGUCACAGGAGGCCUUUGUGCUCCUGGAGUGGCUCUGCAACGCCUACUUUAGUCGGGGGUUCCUGGGAGACCCGGACUUCAGUGAGAACCAAGAGAGGAGUUCCGUGGACAUGAACCUGUACUCUGAGACGGUCGUAUGCGUCAACCAAACCCUCCGGACCACACUGGAGCGGGACGUCCAGAGCUCUCUGGAUGAGAUCAUUAAGCGCCAGGAAUCCGAUUUUUGGGGGUCCUGGGAACUCCACACAGACGUCAUUAAGUGCAUCGAUGGACCGAUUGUCAGAGCGGGGUCCGUCAGUGAGAACGUGCAGAAGUUCACCCGGCAGGUCUGCUACCUCAAACUCCAGGAGUUUCUAGAGAGGUUCACGACGGCCAAACAGGAACUUCUGAAAAGAUACGACAAAUCUCCCAAGAUGACCGUGGAGACCUCCCUCAAGACACUCAACACACUCCAAGGCCUUGUGAGCUACAUCCAACCCUCCACUGAUGGAGGAACCCGGGACCUCCCAGCAGAGGGGACCCUGUCCUCACUGAGGGCAUUGGAGACCGCCGCCAGGACGUCCAUGGGAGAAGCUCUCAUUAAGAUCAUCAAGGAGCGCCUGAAAAGCCAUUUCAAAGACAGAGAGGAGGAUUUUCUGCUGACGGAGAUGAAGGAGAUGUUCAGUGAUGAAGACUGUUGUCCAGACGUCCAGAAGGAGGCUCUUGACCUGGCCUAUGAGCAGGUGAGUGCCUUGUACCAGCUGAAGCUGGCCAGCAGCAAGAAGAAGGAGCUGGAGAAGCGAUGGGGUCCUGACGUGGGUCAGAAAGUGACUCAGGACGCACAACAUCUUCAUAAGACCUUCUCAGACCUGCACCCUGGUGUCCGCCAACAGAACCAUGUGCUCCUGAAGGUGGAGGAGCUGAUCCAGAGCCAGGACGUGGACUCAGUGAAGCUCACCCUCUCUGAGAUGAUGCAGCUCUGUCAGUCGGAGGAAUCUAAGAAAUGGUUGCCUUCUCUGUUGAAGUGGACCAGCCUUUCUGGAGCUCAGGUACAGGAGGUCCUGGAAGCAGUUCAGGAGCCGAACACCAGAGAGACCAGAACAUUGUUCACAUGUAUCCCCAUCUAGCGACCAGCGACACUAGUCUGACGAUGGUACCAGAUUAGAAAACUCUGCUGGCUGAAAACAAUACGAAUUAAUUAAAUAGGUUAACGUACGCGUUAAACUAGGAUACGGUAUAUUUAUCAUUUACGUUUACAUUUGGGGAAUUUAGCAGACGCUUUUAACCAUUACAUAAGUAUGUUUUGUCAGAAGAAUGUCAAACAAUAUAUCGCUGUCGGUACAGGUACAGUUACACUCAGUCGGUACAGUAAGGUACAGUUACAGUACAGUACAGGUACAGUAUCGCCAACAAGAACUCAUGAUGCAUUCUGAUAUAUUCUGCUCUAUUGUUGUUAAUAUUGGAUAAUUGUAAAUAGUUAAUGUCAAUGAAUCAAUAAAGUUUGCGAAGCAUCCA